AUGGGCAAGAAAUUCAAACAUUCGGAUAUAUUUCCUAGCAACCCCAUUCUCAUGUGCAUUUGCGGAUCUUCGGGUUGUGGAAAGACUUACCUCACUUUUAACAUGUUGACAACACCAAACCUUUUAGAUUUCGAGUCUCUGUAUAUUUACACGACUACUCCCGAACAAUCCUAUUAUCAGUUUCUCAAAGCUUUGGAAUACAUCUCGAAAGAAGAAGUUCAAGACAUUUUUCACUACUAUGAAAUCAACGAAGACUUGCAAGAGAACGCGGAAAUAAAAGACAUUUUAGACGGCUUUAUCAAAGAAAAGAAUCCUUCUCUGAAACCGACCGACGUCAAAGUGUUUCUGACUAAAAACGUCAACGAUUUAGACUUGUCUAAAAUCGACAACCACCGAAAGAACUUGAUUUUCUUUGACGACUGCGUGGCACAAAAAAGUCAAACCGUUCAGCAAGAAUUCUUCACGAAGAGAAGAAAUCACAACUGUCACUGCAUAUACCAAUCCCAAUCUUUCUACGGAAUGGACGCCAUAUUUAUCAGAAAGAACGCAAAUUGUUUUUUAUUAUUCGAAUUAAACGACAAAGAUUUAUCUCAAAUCAUUCAGUCGAUAAAUCACGGAAUGGACAGGGAUACAUUCAAAAAGGAUUGUAAAGCUCAAUGGAGAAACCCGGAUGAUCAUGGAUAUGUAUUAGUUAAUACUAGAAAACCUGCGGGAGAAAGAGUUAUGAUCAACAUACGUUAA